CAUCCACCACUCCCGCAGCCGCACGCCCUCGCUCAGACCACACGGGUGCGGCGGCGCACACUGCACGGCCAUCGCUCUUCUUCCCCCAGCUCCCUAGCCGCACGACCCUCCCCCAUCGGCGCGUCCCCGCUCGGCGCUCGCGGCACGCCCGCUGGGACGCACGCCGCACGGCCGCGAGCCCCAUCCCUAGCGGGCGGCGACGGCACCGGCGAGCCUUUGCGCGGUUGUGCCCGAGCUGCGACGGCGAGCCCUGUUCCCGGCGUCCGCAAGUCUUCGUCAGGCCCUUCGCCGGCGACGAGCACCCUCAAGGUGUCAACAUUCGAGGCAUCAAGGGACGCAAACCUCCACAGAUUUCGUUGCCUCGAGGGGAAGAUACAUGAAUAGAAGCGUUUGCCACCACCUUCUUGCCCAGUGCAAAAAGCUAAGAGAGCUCCAGAGGAUCCAUGCCCUGGCCAUUGCCCAUGGUCUCCACCCCCACCAACAAUCCGUUUCCUGCAAAAUCUUCCGCUGCUAUGCUGAUUUCGGCCGUGUAGCUGAUGCCCGCAAGCUGUUUGAUGAGAUCCCCAACCCUGACCUUAUCUCCUUCACUAGCCUCAUGUCCCUCCACCUCCAGUUAGACAACCAGCGCGAAGCUAUAUCCUUGUUCGCUCGUGUUGUUGCCGCUGGCCACCGCCCUGAUGGCUUCGCGGUUGUUGGCGCCCUGUCUGCCUCUAGUGGUGCUGGUGAUCAAGUGGUCGGUAGGGCAGUGCAUGGCCUUAUUUUCCGGCUUGGAUUGGAUGGUGAGGUGGUUGUUGGCAAUGCAUUGAUCGAUAUGUAUAGCCAGUGCGGGAAGUUUGAGUCUGCGGUGAAGGUGUUUGAUAGAAUGUCUCUGAAAGAUGAGGUCACCUGGGGUAGCAUGCUGCAUGGUUAUAUCAAGUGUGCUGGUGUGGAUUCGGCAUUGUCAUUCUUUGAUCAGGUUCCUGUGAGGAGUGUAGUUGCUUGGACAGCACUGAUCACUGGUCAUGUACAGGGCAGGCAGCCUGUACGGGCUCUAGAGCUUUUUGGUAGGAUGGUACUGGAAGGCCAUCGCCCUACUCAUGUCACAAUCGUAGGUGUACUCUCAGCUUGUGCUGACAUUGGUGCUCUGGAUCUAGGUCGUGUCAUUCAUGGAUAUGGAAGCAAAUGUAAUGCCAGUUUGAAUAUAAUUGUUAGCAAUGCUCUGAUGGAUAUGUAUGCAAAGAGUGGGCACAUUGAGAUGGCAUUCUCUGUGUUCCAAGAAGUUCAGUCAAAGGAUUCUUUUACAUGGACAACUAUGAUCUCUUGUUGUACUGUCCAGGGAGAUGGGAAGAAAGCUCUUGAGCUCUUUCAGGAUAUGCUUAGAGCUGGGGUAGUUCCUAACAGUGUAACCUUUGUUUCUGUUUUGUCAGCAUGCAGCCAUUCUGGCUUGAUAGAAGAAGGUAUAGAGUUGUUUGAUAGAAUGCGUCAACUAUACAAAAUUGAUCCCCUGCUUGAGCACUAUGGUUGCAUGAUUGAUCUGUUAGGACGGGGAGGACUACUAGAGGAAGCAGAAGCUCUAAUAGCAGAUAUGAAUGUGGAGCCUGAUAUUGUUAUUUGGAGGUCACUUCUUAGUGCAUGUCUAGUUCGUGGCAAUAAUAGACUAGCUGAGAUUGCUGGAAAGGAAAUUGUAAAGAGAGAACCUGGGGAUGAUGGGGUUUAUGUGCUUCUUUGGAACAUGUAUGCAUCAUCAAAUAAAUGGAGAGAAGCUCGAGAGAUGAGGCAGCAAAUGUUGAGUCUUAAGAUCUUCAAAAAACCAGGGUGUAGUUGGAUAGAAAUUGACGGUGCUGUCCAUGAAUUCUUGGUAGAGGACAAGACACAUGAUGCCCGAAGGGAAAUUUAUGAAACCUUGGAAUACAUGUCUAGGCAGCUCAAGACACAUCUCAUAUCAUCCUCUUGGGAACAGCAUGGUUCACCCAUCUUUGUUGAUGAAGAAACCAUAGAAUCAUAUACUGCCCAUUUGUUGCAUGAUUGAUUCGCAUGAGUCUUCCAACAAAAUAGCCUUUUAGUGCCUAAAUCAAAUCUGAUGAUCUCAUUGUAAUUUAUGUCUUAUUGGUCUUCUUUUAUCCCCCAGUGUCUCUAGAUCAAGAUUAUAGUGUAGAAAUUCACUGCUGUAAGUUGGUGCCAAGAAAUGAUUAGAUAUAUGUUGA